UUGUCCCCAGACCGCACAAAAUCCAAUCCGGUGCCCCACGUGCAGUGAUUCUCAUCCUGGUGCGCUCGAUGCGGUCCGGCGCGUCCGUUCUUCCGGUCGGCUUCCGCAAUUUGGGGCCCGAAGCGCUGUGAACUUUGACCAGCGGUGGACCGCCGAUGCCGCGCGGGACAUCACUCCGAAUCCCGAGCGUAUUCGUUAUUUGUUCAUUGCGAUGGGAGGGGGGAGCACGGAGAGGUCGAAAGGUACUUGCGAAGGUCAACUUCGCAUCCAACAUGUCUUUGGACGUACUGACAAGCCGGUAAAAGAAAGUCCACCAAGCUGUUUGCAUUUCAUGUCGAAUGAAAAAAGCCUUGAAACAAGAAGGGACAUUUUCAAUUACAGCCGGUAGCCACAUGGGGCGCAAGAGUUGACAAAGUUCCCCCCCCCCACACACACACACACAUAUACACGGUAUACAAAAAAAAAAAUACUAAAAGUAGAAGUACUGCUUCAACCCCUGUACUUAUGUACGUUAACUAAAGGACCUUAUGAAAAAAAUUUUUUUUACGAUGGGGGAAUAAUACUUGCGUGCACGCGCAAAGAAUCUCCAUCUUUUAUUGAAAUCAUAAUAAAUAAUGAAAGAAAAAAAAAACAUGCCCCGUGUUGCCGAUCAUAAAGCCACGGACGGGGAAUAUCUCGCUUCUCUCACAACCGGCAAAUUUGACCGUUAAAAGCGUGGAAACGGAUAAACAGACAUCGCUUUUUGAAAUGGAGGGAGCAAAAGUCAGAAGCACAAAUCCGUGAAUUCCUCUCCCGGCGUCACUUCGACACCACGACCGGCCACCGGGUCCCGUUUUCCGGCCACCGGCUUCCGGUUUUCUUGGAACGCGCUCUCGUGUUGGGCUCCGACGGGCAAAAUUGUUCACCUCGCGGGUGCCCGCGUGGCGCGUGGACAGAGCCACUGCGUCCCUCUCUCGUGCACGCGUGCGCACGCUCUCGCGAGGGCGCGCUGGCUGGCGAGAGCGUGCACGAGAGAAAGAGCGACGAGUCGGGAAGCUCCGUCUUGCCCUGCUCGCUGACCGACCCGUCAUCCUCCCGUCGGCCUGGAACAAGACGUCUCCCCGCGGCUUUGGCCUCCUCACUCCUCCCUUCGCACCCCCGCCCGCCCACCCCCACUCAGCCCCUCCGCCCCCCUCCCUCCGACCCCUCUCAAUCUCCACUGGCACGAUUGCGAAGUGGAGAGGAAGCCCGGAGGUGGACGCGAGAGGGGCUGGGGGGCUGGGGGGGGGGAAUCAUCUCUGGUCUAUAUUUAGGCUCUGCCCCGGACUGCACCAUAUAGCAGCGGCGCCGCCGCCACCUGCCCUCCCGGUACCGGUCAGAAGCAGUCAGGGGAGCAGCUUUUCAUCAUGCUCUCCUCGCCUCCGAGUGGCCGAGAACGUUCACGUCUUAUUUUAGCAUCGCUCCUCCCGUAUCGCUCGUGAGUGUGACUCCGUUCCCGUCGUCGCCGGAAAAUGAAGCGAGGGCCGGGCGUCCUGCGGCCUCCCCUUCCUCCCCCGGACGCGGUCCGGCGGCAGACGCGGGCGGCUCGCCGGCCGCCGGAGACUCGGGGCGCCGGCUGGAGCCCCUUCCUGGCGGCGACCUCGCUCUUCAGCCCCGAUGUCAGCAGCAAGAUGGCGUCUGACCUUCUCAUUAGACUGUCAGAGGCCACCCAGAAGGCCCAGGUGCACCCUGGAAGUCUCGCGGAGGGACAAGGCGGGCAGCAGGAGGAGCCGGGCCUGGCCCUGUCCCCCGACGGGCCCGGGGCCAGUCCCGAUCCGCCCUCGCUCACGAACACGCCCGAGGGCGACGCCGCCGGCCGCACGCUGGCUUCGGACUUGCUGAGGAGACUGGCAGAGAGUCAGCUGCUGACCCGGCCCGACGUGAAGGUCAAAGAGGAAGAGGAGAGCGUGGAAAUCGACACGUCCAGGAUGUCAGCUGUCAUCUGCGAGCGACCGAUCAGAGACGUCCGAGGCCUGUCGUCUCCGAGCGACGGGGGUCACCAUCUUGUGCCCAUCAAAAGAGAGCACGGCGAGGGGGCGGCGGCGGCGCGUCCGCAUCCGGACGACAUUGUUCCGAACGGUCCGCUCGGCGUCAAACAGGAGGAGCGGGAGUUCUCUGUCGCCUCUUCGGCUGGGCAGAUCUUCCUCGGUGGCAAAAGGGAGCAGGAGCGGGCCCGACCCGGGUCGUUCUCAGAGGUCACGGCGGAGAAGCCGCAGUUCUUCGGCGACCGGUUGUGUUCCGGAGCCAAGAUGGCGGAGCAGUGCCUGCGGGCGGCGCUGUGGCAGGACAUGUCCGUCAACCUGGCGUCCACGCUGCUGCACCAGCUCUCAGAGCGGGUCGCUAAAUCCAGCGGUGCGCCGGCACAGAUGACCGCCCCCCCCGCCGGGAGCAGUCCAGCCGUGAAGCAGGAGUCGGCCUGGUCCUGCUCUUUGGAGCCUGCAUUUGACAAUCCGAGCAGCCCGGCGGGAAGCGCGAUCUUCUUCUACAGGUGUCACGUGUGCGGCUUCGAGACCGACGGGCGCCUCCUUUUCCGGGCUCACAUGACGGAGCAUCGGCAACGGGAGCGCGGCUCCUUCUCGCUGCGCUGCUGCGCGUGCGACCACUCGGCCGAUCAGGAGGCGGCCAUGAGAGCGCACGCCGACAAGCACUUGCUGGGCGGCGCCAUCAGGUGCCCCCUCACCCUUCCCGCUGGCGGCGGGCCGCCGGUUGCCACGGCAACGCCGCCGCAGCCCAGCGCCUCGGAGCAUCGCUGCCGCAUCUGCCAGAGGUCGUUUCCCGGGCAACCGGAGCUGCUGGUUCACUUCCAGGGUCAUCGCCAAGGCAACCAGUACCGGUGCGAGCGCUGCGGCCACCUGACGCGCACCGCCAACAAGCUGGUGGAGCACGUGCGGGUGCACACGGGGGAGCGCCCCUUCACCUGCCACCUUUGCCCUUACAGCGCCAAGCGGCGGGACAGCCUGCGCCUGCACUGCAAGGUCAAGCACGGCGCGCACGCCGUCGCCGCCGCCUCGCACACCCCCGGCAACGUGCACACGCACCGCUCCUACGUGCACGCGGACAAUCCCAGCAAACACGUUCGGCAGCUGCACACCAACGUGCCCUCCCCCUCCUCCUCCUCUUCCUCUCCUCCUCUUCCUCUUCAUCCUUCACUGCCCGAGCUUGCAGGGUGGAGGGAUUUGUCUCCUCUCGUGCCCAUCACGACACUCCUCUCGCUGAAGCCGCACUCAAAUGGGCCCUCCUCCUCCUCCUCCUCCUCCUCCUCCUCCUCCUCCAACAAACAUUCCUUCCUCGGCUACCUUGGCCUGGCAUCUUUGUGAAUCUCUCCUCUCUCGUCCUUCUCCAUCUUUCUCUCACGUCUUCCCCUCCUCCGGACUCGUUGAUUGAUGGAUGUAAAGCUCCCGCUUCCACGUGUGAGAAUGUCAACACUGAGGUGCCGAACCUCGACGGCAUCGUGGCCCCCGCCGCCUGCUUUUAGCCAAUCGCUGAAGCGCUAGCUCUUGAAGACUCCUUUUCUUAUGAUUAUCACAUAUGAUUAUUACUGCUACGCGUUGUCUAUCAGCAACCGCAAGCUUCCCUAAAUUCUUGUCGCCUUCACGACAGUGAAGUUAUUGGACCAAAAGUGUAAAUAUUCUCAUGAGGUCAUUUGCACCUCCAAACGUGUUUUUCUCUCAUGGUCACAGAUAACCCUUAUUAGCCAUUAAUAUUAGGGACGCACCGAUUCUAUUUUUUUUCUGCCAUCGUACUCAAACUCGAAAAGAAAUGUCCGAUACCGAGACACUGACGCUACUUGACCAGCUUGAGAGAUAUGAUUUGAAAAAUAUUUAGUUCAAGGAAAACAUAAUUUUCUUCCCAUAUGCAAGUAAUAUCAUCAUCAAAUACUGUAUUGGCAAAUGCUCAAUUCCAAGUACUUGUACUAAGAAGUAUGGUAUCGGUGCGUCCCUAUGUGUGCUUGUUGCCUGAAUGAAGUGCAUGAAAACGUAUCAAAGUUUUUUUUUUUUUUUUUUUUUCCCAAAUCGAAAUCACAGCUGCAUUAUAUUUUCUCUUUAAAAUGUUUCCUUUCCAUGUGUUCCUUCGCUCGGUUUGCUCCCGUAAUUGUUGCGUUCUCGGACAUUCUGAAGGACAAAGACGCUCUUUCUGACCUUUGUGUUGUGUAUGGCGACCCACGUGCACUUUGUUAGCCUGCUGAUGCAAAAAAAAAAGAUAAAAAAAAGAUGAAUGAUACGCCUUUUUUUUUUUUUACAUGUUGCAUAUCAAGAUUGUUUUUCGGGACAGUUUGACCGGCGACUGUCCAUUAGUUUUUUGUCACGAAUGAGCUGACGGAUGCAGCAGAGCCGACGGACAGUAACCGGGUCGAAAAGGCGGACGCACCCCCGGAGGAGAAAGCGGUCGCGGGCGGUAUCCUCUGCUGAAUCCUGUUUGCUUCUGCUUGAUCAAUAAAGUUUCAUUUGAGCCUUUGCCUGAUGGCGGUCUGGAACGAUCAUGAUCAUGACCCGAGUGUAUGACUCGAGGCUGAAAAUGAAUAAAUAAGUCAGAGCCAUGAAGGUCACGCUCCUCGCUGUGCACGAGUGGGAGGAUGAGUGUCAAUCGCCACGGGCCCUGCAUCCCCCCUUCCCGGUUGCCAGGGUUACCUGGCCUGUUGUAGCCGAGGGAGCUUACAAACAGGUCAUUAUUAGAUUUCACUAAAUGAAAGAAGGAGGAUGGCGAGACGCAGAGGAAGCAGUGCAGUUGGAACCUGGGCCUUCGCUGGGGACUUUGUUACUUCUCAGUUCUAAAUGCCACCUCUAUCACGUCGCGGUUAGUGUUAUCAUCACAAGGUUAAGAGAUUGAACGUUUGUCCAUUACACGGCAGGCCGCGAUUUCAAACCAAUUUAAAAGGGGACAAAAAAGACGUUCAACGACAACAUGGCGAUGACGCCGUU